GGGCGUUCGACCAGUCCCGCCAGCGCGCGAGCCGCCAGUGCUUAACGGUCGCCGGGGUGAGGGGCGGGCGGGCAAGGAAAAGAGUUUAAGUUGUAAUUUUAAAAGGGAGAAGGGGAGCUCGAGGGGCCUCGGUGACCCUGGUGUCGCCGCUUCCUGCCACCCGGGGCUCGGCGCCCAGGCCCCUCCCUCCUCACGCCCCUUUCUCGGCCCUCCCCUCCGGAGCUGUGCGGCGCUUGCGAGGCGGCGGCGGCGGCGGCGGAUCGGCGGCCGCUGCAGCCCGGGCGGCCGCGGUCGAGGACGGAGGGCGACACAAAGCCCGCUGCGCACGGCGAGAUAACAAGAGAGGCUAACAGACCUGAAGCAUGAAUUCAGAUGUCAGCCAAGGAGUGAUUACUUCUCCUCCUCCUCCUAGUAUGCCUCACAAAGAGAGGUAUUUUGACCGCAUCAAUGAAAAUGACCCAGAAUACAUCCGGGAGAGGAACAUGUCUCCUGAUUUACGACAAGACUUCAAUAUGAUGGAGCAGAGGAAGCGGGUUACUCAGAUCCUACAAAGUCCUGCCUUUCGGGAAGACCUGGAAUGCCUCAUUCAAGAACAGAUGAAGAAAGGCCACAACCCGACGGGACUGCUAGCAUUGCAACAGAUUGCGGAUUACAUCAUGACCAACUCCUUCUCAGGCUUCACUUCAUCACCCCCCAGCCUUGGCAUGGUGACACCCAUCAAUGAUCUUCCUGGUGCAGAUGCGUCCUCUUACGUGAAGGGGGAGAAGCUUACGCGCUGUAAGCUUGCCAGCCUGUACAGACUUGCAGACUUAUUUGGAUGGGCACACCUGGCAAACACAUACAUCACAGUAAGAAUAAGUAAAGAGCAAGACCAUAUUAUUAUUAUUCCCAGAGGCCUAUCUUUUUCUGAAGCCACAGCCUCCAACUUGGUUAAAGUCAAUAUAAUAGGAGAAGUGGUCGACCAGGGAAGUACUAAUUUGAAAAUUGACCAUACAGGAUUCAGUCCCCAUGCUGCAAUCUAUUCCACACGGCCUGAUGUUAAGUGUGUGAUACACAUCCACACCCCGGCAACAGCAGCUAUAUCCUCCAUGAAGUGUGGGAUCCUUCCAAUCUCUCAAGAGUCCCUGAUCCUGGGAGAGGUUGCUUAUUACGAUUACCAAGGGUCGCUUGAUGAGCAAGAGGAGAGAAUUCAACUGCAGAAAGUUCUGGGGCCGAGUUGUAAGGUGCUGGUACUCAGGAACCAUGGUGUGGUAGCACUCGGAGAAACUGUCGAGGAGGCUUUUCAUUAUAUUUUUAAUGUGCAACUAGCCUGUGAGAUUCAGGUUCACGCAUUAGCCGGGGCAGGGGGAGUAGACAACCUGCUCAUACUGGAUCUUCAGAAGUACAAAACGUUCACUUACAGCAUUGCAGCGUCUGGAGGAGGAGGUGUGAACAUGGGUUCCCAUCAGAAGUGGAAAGUUGGCGAACUUGAGUUUGAAGGGCUCAUGAGAACUUUGGACAAUUUGGGGUAUAGAACCGGCUAUGCAUACAGACAUCCCCUCAUUCGAGAGAAGCCACGGCACAAGAGUGAUGUGGAAAUCCCAGCAACUGUGACUGCCUUUUCCUUCGAAGACGAUAUGGUGCCCCUUUCACCUCUCAAAUACAUGGCACAGAGGCAGCAGCGUGAAAAGACAAGGUGGCUGAACUCACCAAACACUUAUAUGAAAGUCAAUGUGCCUGAGGAGUCUCGGAAUGGGGAAACCAGUCCCAGGACCAAAAUCACGUGGAUGAAAGCAGAGGACUCCUCUAAAGUGAGUGGUGGAACACCUAUCAAAAUUGAAGAUCCAAAUCAGUUUGUUCCUUUAAACACAAACCCAAGCGAGGUACUGGAAAAGAGAAAUAAGAUUCGGGAACAAAACCGAUAUGACUUGAAAACAGCUGGACCCCAGUCUCAACUCCUGGCUGGCAUUGUCGUGGAUAAGCCUCCAUCUACCAUGCAGUUUGAAGAGGAUGAUCAUGCCCCACCCGCUCCUCCCAACCCCUUCAGUCACCUCGCAGAAGGAGAACUUGAAGAGUAUAAGAAGACAGUCGAACGUAAACAACAAGGCCUGGACGACGCUGAGCAGGAAUUACUCUCAGAUGACGCUUCAUCUGUUUCACAAAUUCACUCUCAAACUCAGUCACCGCAAAAUGUCCCCGAAAAACUAGAAGAAAACCACGAGCUAUUUUCCAAGAGCUUCCUCUCCAUGGACGUGCCUGUCAUGGUGGUGAACGGCAGGGAUGGUCUGCACGAGGUUGAGGAUGAGCUCGCAAAGCGAGUGAGUCGGCUGACCACGAGCCCCACUGUUGAGAACAUCGAGAUCACAAUCAAGUCCCCAGAAAAAAUUGAAGAAGUCCUGUCGCCCGAAGGCUCGCCUUCAAAAUCACCAUCCAAGAAAAAGAAGAAAUUCCGCACUCCCUCGUUCCUGAAAAAGAACAAAAAAAAGGAGAAGGUUGAAGCCUAAGUAAAAAUCUUUUUUAUAUAAUUAUCAUUCUUACAAUGUGACAUUGCACAUUUAAAUACCACGUUUAAGUUGAUCGUUAAUAUGCAGUGGUAGAUCAGAUGAGGGGUAAAUAACAAACUGGACUCUUGAGAACUGGAAAGAAGUUUUACUAAAAGAAAAAUAUUGUGAAACAAAACUUGCAAAUUCAUCUCUCACUUUAUAUAUCCAAAAAUGGCUUUUAAUUUUUCAAGACUUGCUGGUUUUAAUUAGCUCUGCCCUCAUAAGGUGAUGCUACAGUCCACCACAGAGCAGUGGUGUGAAUGGGUUCAGCCCUUCUCCAUAGUAUCUAUUGGAAAGAAGUUACCAGUGAGCAAGAAAGAGAAUUUUUUUCUUUCUCGACGAUUGUCUCGCUUGGUAAUCAGAUGAUAGUUUUUUUUUAUUAUGAUUAUUGACUGUACCUAGUGAGUCCCCAUUGUUUCAAUGGGCAUUAACAGAAAGCUUUAAGAGCUUCUAAGACAAGCAUCUAUAUAGCAUUAGUGUACACUGGCACAUAAUAUUUUUUUAAAAACUAAGAAGAGAUUAAUUUGAAAUUUUACUCAUUGUAUAAAAUUUCUCACCUGAAAUAACUUUGUUUGCCAAAAAAAAGAAGUCAUUUUAGUAAAAUAUAAUUUUUGAAAACUUCCUUUUUUAUUAGUUUAGAAAGCCCCUUAUUUUUCAACAAAGGGGAUUUUGUACACAUAACAUGGAUUAUUUAGUUUUAACU